AGAGACUUGCAUUGUUUCCGCCGCGACUUUUGUUACACUUCCGGCUCGGCGGCAUGUGAACGCGAGGAAGGAAGCGUGUAGCGGACUGGAGGGAGAACAUCGUAGUGAAUAUCAGUCCCCCCUCCCUCCGCACACACACAGAAUGGUGGCCCUGCUUGCACAGCUCCUGUGAAGUGCCCAGACUUCUCAGUUCACUUCUCAGUGCGUCACAAAAUGCAACGUCCCCAUUUGUUGUCUUUUGUGAGGAUGUACUGUUCUCCGGCCUCCAAAAAGUCUGAAGCAGCCAACGCAAUGGAAACAGCUAAAGUAUUUCUUUGCCGCCUCUCUGGAGCUGGAAAGGAUUUGGGAAGACGCUCCAUUCAGCAAAUCUCUGCCACCACGCAAAGCUGGUGGGACAAAUACGAGGAAUUUGUCGGCAUUAAUGAAGUCCGAGAAGCCCAGGGAAAUGUGACAGAGGCUGAAAAACAGUUUAUGUUUGCUCGAGGAAUUGUACGAGAAACCCGUGACACGUGGGAGACUCAGCAGCUGAAAUUGAAAGAAAUUCGGGAUCGCUUAGACAGAGUUUCACGGGAUGACGCUCAGUAUCUGGAACUGGCAACUUUGGAGCACAAAUUAUUGCAGGAAGAGAAAAGGUACCGGAUCAACCACCUAACAGCCGAGGAAUCUGAGAGGGAAGCCUUCUCUCUCUUCUCUGCCGCCGUGCGGGAAAGUCACGAAAAAGAGAGAACGAGAGCUGAGAAGACAAAGAACUGGUCCAUUAUUGGCUCCGUGUUGGGGGCCGUGAUUGGGGUCCUGGGCUCCACUUACAUCAACCGAGUUAGGUUGCAAGAAUUAAAAGCCUUAGUUUUCGAGGCCCAGAAGGGCCCUGCGAGCCUUCAGGAAGCCAUCCGGGAUCAAGCCACCUCCUAUCACUCCCAAAAACAGGAUCUCGGUGACCUCAUUGCCAGUCUGAAGAACAUCCUGCAACUUGCAACGGUGACGACGUCGCAGGAAGGGGAAGGGGCUUCCUUGGCCAAAGACAGAUCGAGCGCCUCACUAAAAAUAGACCCUGUCUUGGUUUCUGUGAGGGAGCAGCUGGCCUACUCUAAACAAAUCAGCUCGUUCCUCGGCAGCUUGCAGGAGCAGCUUUGUGAUUUGGAAAAAAACUUAGGGCAGGUGGUCCGUGAAGUACAGAACAUUAAAGUCGUACCUCAGUCCGUACCUGAGGAAAGGGGAUUGCUUAGCUUUCCCUCAGAGGCCAAAAGCCAGCCUUUAGAGGCAGAAGAGGUGGUUCUCGAAUUGUGCAACACCGAAAAGAGGUUGGAAGCCCAAAUGAGGAAGAACUCCAUCUACAGUACAGCCUUCACCUGUACCCUGCUGGCUGUCAGCUUCCCCAUUCUCUAUAUAAUGCUGAAGGGAAAUUAGACCGCAGUUUAGCCCGUUUUCCUCAAAAGUCUUUAAAACAUAAUAAAAGGGUGUACCUUGAACAUAAAUGCUGCCUCAAAGUCAUUUUGCAGAAGCGCCUGGUGGUUGAGGGCCCAAGUCAGGAUAUACCGUAUUUUUCGGAGUAUAAAACGUACUUCCCCCCCCCCCCCAAAAGAGAGUGAAAAUUUGGGUGCUUCUUAUACACCGAAUAUAGCCAAAAACGCAAGGCACAGAGGAGGCGAUGGUCUGUGGCAAUCCCUGCGGCCUGGAGUAGCUGAUUGGAGGUAUUCUGGGAGACUGGUCCACCCGCCAAUCAGCUGCUCAUGCUGAAUCAGGUUGCAAUAAUGUGCUGAAACUGA